CCAUUUUGAACGCGUCAUAACUAUCGACGACCACAAUCGUUGAAGUAGGUGGUGUAGGAUUAAGGAUGGCAGCACGGAUAUUAUUUCGUAGGCAGUUAUGUCCUGUUCCGGGAAGGCGUCUGCUAGUGGCCGGUUCCGGGACUGGAUAUGUUGCAAAUCCACCCCUCCCUUCUCGAGUGAAAAUUGUGGAAGUAGGACCAAGAGAUGGACUUCAAAAUGAAAAGACUGUAGUUCCCACAGAAGUGAAAAUUAAACUGAUCAACAUGCUUUCUGAAGCAGGCCUGCCAGUCAUUGAAGCGACCAGUUUUGUGUCCCCAAAGUGGGUCCCACAGAUGGCAGACCAGAUUGAUGUGAUGAAGGGAAUUAUUAAGUAUCAGAAUGUUAGUUAUCCUGUACUGACACCGAAUCUCAAGGGCUUUCAAGCAGCAGUGGCUGCAGGAGCCAAGGAGGUGUCUAUUUUUGGAGCAGCAUCUGAACAGUUUAGUCAGAAGAAUAUCAAUUGCUCAAUUGAGGAGAGUUUGCAGAGGUUCAGUGAUGUCAUGAAAGCUGCAAAGGAGGCCAACAUUCCAGUUCGUGGGUACAUCUCCUGCGUUCUUGGUUGCCCCUAUGAAGGCGUAGUUGCUCCUUCCAAAGUAGCUGAAGUAGCCAAGAAACUUUACUCCAUGGGUUGCUAUGAAAUUUCACUAGGAGAUACCAUUGGAGUUGGGACUCCAGGCAAUAUGGCAAAGAUGCUUUCUGCAGUAAUUAAAGAAGUACCUGUUAAUUGUCUUGCUGUGCAUUGUCAUGACACCUAUGGACAGGCUCUGGCUAAUAUCCUUGUGGCUUUGCAGCUGGGCGUUAGUGUGGUUGACUCUUCAGUUGCUGGUCUUGGUGGGUGCCCAUAUGCCAAGGGAGCUUCUGGGAACGUGGCCACUGAAGAUGUUGUGUACAUGCUAAAUGGACUUAAUAUUCAGACUGGUGUGAACCUACAGAAAUUGAUGGAUGCUGGUGCCUUUAUCUGCAGUUCUCUGAAUAGGAGGUCGGGAUCUAAAGUUGCCCAAGCUUUAUGCAGAUUAUGAGAAGGUUUCCUGUGACCUGGUACAUUCUGGGAUAUGAAGACAGAACAAAACUAAAAUGAUGAACAGGCUCAGAAGAAAUAAAAUCUGCUAUCCGGGAGCACCCAACAGCUAAAUAUUUCAUCAUAUGAUUGAAUGCUAGCAAGUGGUUUUACCUUAGGAACAUAUACCUCUCAACCUCUUAGAGCAAAAAAUUUGGACAAAGCCAUGAAUAUUGGGGGGGACAAAGGCCCAAAAAUAGGGGCAAUUUUUAAAUAUUGCUCU